UGGUUCAAAUACUAGGGCAUCAACCUCAGUCUCUCUUCCCAUUGCCCGACGCCGCAGUUGCUCUCGUUGCGGAGCCCGGCGAGCUCCGGCUGCGAUUGCUGCGAGCAGCGCCGAGAAACUUUGCUUGGUCGCUCGUCGGUUGCUUCAGCGAGCGACGCUUUGCUUCGGCCCUUUUUUCUACCUAGAGGAGUGUGAGCGACAUCUUCUCCGGCGAGCAUCGCGCCAUGGCGAGAAAUCCUCUCGUCCGAGCGCACAGUCAGGGAGCUAAGUCUUCGCGUGAACUCGAGCAUCCGGUGGAUGCAUUCUGACUAUAGCCUCCCGAGUGGCAGUCUCCUCGCGACGUUUUCCUCUCCAUGCACGUCAAAUAUGGAUUUUGAAGGGGUGAUGCUGACAGAAGACACUGAUAAAAUUAAUGAUCGAACAAUUGAAAAGAGUUCUGACAAUGCCAAAGGGGUACAAAGUUGCUAUGUUUUCAAGAGUCGUUUGCAAGAGUAUGCACAAAAAGUAGGUAUUCCUACACCUGUUUAUCAGACUCUCAAGGAAGGCCCUUCGCAUGAACCUGUCUUCAAGUCAACUGUUAUUGUUAAAGAUGUUAGAUAUGAUUCUCUUCCUGGUUUUUUCAACCGCAAAGCUGCAGAACAGUCUGCUGCUGAGAUUGCAUUAUCGGAGAUUCACAAGUCAGGCCUCAUGACAGAAAACAUGCCCACAGUUCAUGAGACUGGCCUCUGCAAAAAUCUGCUCCAGGAGUAUGCUCAGAAAAUGAACUAUGCAAUCCCAUCUUAUAUCUGCACCAAAAGUUCCUCUGGAGCAACACCAUUUAUAUGUACUGUUGAGAUAGGAGGAAUUCAAUAUAUAGGAGCUGCAGCUAGAACAAAAAAGGAAGCUGAGAUAAAAGCUGCGAGAACUGCUCUUUUGGCUAUACAAAGUCAGUCUAAGGCAGGUAUUGAUGGUGCUUGCCAGUACACUGUGCUUCCUGGCAAACGGAAAGUUAAGGAACUAAAGGCGGAAACUGAAGUAAUGAAGAAGAUCAAAUCUAAGAAGUCUAGUUUCAGGAAGAAAUGGUCCAAAAAUAUGCUGCACCCAUAA